AUGCUGAUCUUAAUCAGUAGCUCGGGCCACCUCCAUAAGAAAGAGACAGCAAUAAAAGAAGUCGCAGGUGGCCUGAUUCUCACACAUGUUUCCCUCGCCAUCGCCAUUAUUGUGCAGAUGUACAAAAAGACAUUGACAUCCGUCGAUGCGGCGAUCGGCGCAGUUAUCUUGGACGCCCAAAACAUCGCUCUACUCAUUCCUGUCACUGCCAAACAGACCCUCGCCGCUCGAUGGCAGGUGCUCAUACUUAUACCAGCCCAGAUCCUCGGUCUAGUAUUCCUGCCAGUGCUGGUGGUCAAGUUCACCAAGGGAGGCUUCGCAUCGCAAGACUGCAAGUGUCUUACUAUCUUCUGGUGGUCCCGGUUAAGCGAUUGUAACGCCUUCUCCGGUAACGAGCUUUCUCUCUUCUGGAUCUAUUACACGCUUCGUUGGAUGAUGUGGAUCCACUCGUCCUUCCAUUCUUUGUACAACGCCGAGUGGUUCCACAGAUCUGAGAAAGAAGGGCGCAUUCCAAUCUUGAACCGCGAUGGUACAAAGCCAAAGACGUAUUGGGAGAAGGCUAUAGCUCUAGCGCGUGAACUGCGGGAUUCAAAUCGACAAGUAACAAAGGCUACUCUACAGGCUGGCCUGCUGUAUAGACAAUACUCUGCGACGAUAUCAGUAUCGUAUACGGCAUACGCUCUAUACUCGCUCACGUCUAUGGUAGUUGCCGAAGUUACCAUUGGAGAGUACAACCUCCAACCAAGCUCUAACGCCAACUCGAUCGGUCAGAUAAUUGCCGUCGUGGUCUCGCUCGCUACUCUCCUUCGAGUCGUUUGGAGCUUCCAGAGCCUCUAUAAUGACGCCGAGAAUAGUUCAUUCCCGGACUUCAUCUUCUCAUUGCUUUCGCGGUCCCCGUCGAGUUGCUGCUUCGGCUCAAAUGUAGAAGAGGCGAGCGAAGAUCCAGCUCCGAUCUUGUCGAGACCAGAUGAAGAAGAGCGUGGGAGGAUAUCAGAUACCGAUAGUGGACAUGAUGGCUCAGGAGGAUCGCUACCUCCGCAAACUCCCGCACGAUCUUCACAAUCAUCCCAUGGAACGGUUGGCCCACCUGAUCAAGCUCUUGGGCCCAAUCCUGGAUCACCUCACCCAAGUAACAGCAGAAAUUCCUCCGAUAGCACCAACUUGCCAAAGACGCAGCCACAUUUGCCUUUGGGACAGAACGGUCGAGCACAGCGACUUUCACCGAAUCGUGCAGUGCCACAGCCAAAACGAACCGACUCUUACGGGCCAGCAUACCGAUUCGAGUUUCGCCAGCCAUUCCAUCUAGAUGCUGUCAAGCUGCUCUUCCUGCCUACAGUUACCCAAUAUCUGGAGGCUCGAAAAGACUCAAAGGCUACAGUUCCGAUCAGCGAGACUAUGAUUCCGCCACUAAUAACGCCCCCGACACCUGAUCAGCCAAGUGCCUGCAUACCACCUGAACAGCUACAACAGGACACCGGUAAGAAGGAAGCUUCUCCGCCGCGUCUGGUCGUAGAAGCUUCGACUUCCGCCGAUGACGAAUACCCCGUUAUGACUAGCGCCAAGCCCCCAGAUUCGUUGCACGGCAACAGAAUGUCAGAGACGAGCGGCUUCGAUUCGACUGAUCAGCCACAAAAUGGCCAGGUACUCGCAGAAUUACACCCACAAUCUGCUAUACGACGUGAUAUGACCCCAGCACCGAUCUCAACCCUCCCUGGACCACAGAAAUACGAGCCAACCGCUGCUCAAAAGUCCGAAGAGCAACAACCUGCAUCCCUGGGAUUCCCAAUACAGAUGCCAGAGGAAGGACGCAAAGGUACACAGUCCGGUGUGCCGCAAGGUGACGUCUCUAAACACAUAGUGAAGAAUAUUCCGGCGCCAGAGUGGCUCUUAGGUCAGGGGCGAGACUUUGUUACCAAUCCAGUUCUUCCGUUUUUGAAUCGCACCAACAUAGGCCUGGAGUCAAAGAUAGGGCACCCUGGUAUCGCAGACCCGUCAGAAAGUGGCGAAGGAUCACAAAACUCGGACUCUCAGUCUGAGAAGAGUCGUACAUCAAUCAGAAGUGUUGAUCAGAUCGACAUAGGGCCUGACAUGGACGACCCACGGACGAUAGACUAG